GGCGGCGCCGCGUCCCGGCCCGGUCCCGGUUCCGGCCCGGCCCCGGUCCCGGCCCGGUCAUGGCGGCCCGGCGGCUCCGCGGCGCCCUCCAGCUCGGGGCGCGGCAGCGGCUGCGGGCCGCGGCGGCCCCGCCCGGCAGGCACACGGCCCCCUGCGGGCUCCGUCUCUGGCGGCCGGGCCGGCCGGGCCCCCUGGCCUGGGAGCCCCGAGCGCCGCCCAGCCGGGGCUUCCUCAGCCUCAGCAACAAACGCAAGGAGUACUCGGAGAGACGGAUCAUCGGGUACUCCAUGCAGGAGAUGUACGACGUGGUGGCCAACGUGGAGGAUUACAAGAACUUCGUGCCCUGGUGCAAGAAGUCCGUGGUGGUGUCGCGGCGCCAGGGCCACGUCAAGGCGCAGCUGGAGGUGGGGUUCCCACCCGUGCUGGAGCGCUACACCUCCAUCGUCACCCUGGUGCGGCCUCACCUGGUCAAGGCCGUCUGCACCGACGGGCGCCUCUUCAACCACCUGGAGACCAACUGGCGCUUCAGCCCCGGCAUCCCCGGCUACCCCCGCACCAGCACCGUGGAUUUCUCGAUCUCCUUCGAGUUCCGCUCCCUGCUGCACUCCCAGCUGGCCACCGUGUUCUUCGACGAGGUGGUCAAGCAGAUGGUGGCCGCCUUCGAGCGCCGAGCGGCCAAAAACUUCGGGCCCGAGACGCGCAUCCCGCGGGAGCUGAUGUUCCACGAGGUGCACCAGACGUGAGGGCGGCCGGGCCGGGCACCCCCGGACUGUGCCGGGCCCGCCCCGAGCCCGACCCCCCAAAAAUAUUUAUUCAACAAGUGCGUUUCCUCCGCUGCUGUUGCCUCAACGCCCCCCGGGGCUGCCGUGAGCCCCCCCCCAACCCAGGAGCUGAUUUUGCAGCUGAUUUGGGGUUUUAAGUUUUGGUUUAGUUCUUUUUUUUUUUUUUUUUUAACCCUUUUUUUGGUUCUUUUUUCAACUCCUCAGCCAGGAGGGCCCCGGUGGGGGCAGCUCCGGUUCCUGGGGCCCCGCCGUGCUCCGGGAGGAACGGGGAGGGGUUUUUUGGGGUGGGGGGGAGUUACUGGGACCCCUCCCCAAUUCCUCCCCAAUUCCUCCAGGAACAAAAGGGCAGGAGCCCCCCCCGAGCCGUCGCACACUUUGCACAAGCCACACGCACAGGGUGGGGAGGGGGCGGCUCCCGCUGCCCCCCCCCCGCCACC